AUGGCAACGGCCCAACAAGUUGAGACUUCGAAGGUUUUGAGAUGUCCUUUCGCCGAGUGCAAUACGCGGGUCAUACUGUUGACCCCUGAGCUCAAAAGUUCGCUCGCCACUAUUGAAGGGGCCCCUGAAAUGCUCGCUUCCUCUACCGACGCAAACGAGAUUGCUCACGAGUUCUAUGUUAUCAAUGACGUCUGGGAGUUUGACAACAUCGGGGUGUCUAAACCGACCGAAGAAACGCCUACCUCUACCAUCCCCGAUUUCACUAUCCAAAGGCUCUUGGUGUGUAGCGAAUGUGACCGGGGACCUCUCGGGUUCGCCGGAUAUACCGGUUCCGACGAUGAUGUGAAGAAGCUUCGGUAUUAUCUUAGCUUCACCAGUGUGAAGGAAACUUGA